GUCACUGAUGGUAUACCAAAAAUAGAAAGCCCUGCGAAUGCCCCCAACAUCUGCCCCACUCCUUGGACAUCUCGGUAAAUUUGAAUAAGUCAUUAUUUUUCAUUCUCAUUGUUCAAAAUGAAAAACGUUUACCAAAUAAUGUUAUGAGGAAUAUUUUUUAACCGAAUGAAGCAUAUAAACUAAGAUGGAUAUUUAUAUGGAUUCCAAUUUCCAAUUCUUCAGUCAAGGCACCGGUUAAUGUUGUCAGAGACCUCCUUGGUCGGAGGUUGACUUAAGAGCUUGAUUCACAACUGUUUCAAAAGUUGACAGUUGGACGGAUAGCAGAACAAAAAUCAUUCAGCGUUGAUGAAAAGAGCACGUGAGAGUGAUGCAAACAAAUCGAUAAACAUUCUUGGUGCUUACAUAAGAAACAUAUGUAUACCAUAACUCAGGAGCUUCAACGUCACAACUCAAAACAGAUAUGAGGUCAAUUCGAGGGUCAUUGCUACGAGAAAUUCUAGUUGGCGGCCCAAGAAAUGUGAGCAGCAGGAACUACUUGGCUAACAAACGCCAAGUCGGAUGUGCUGAUGCAGGUACUGGCGAUCAAAUUUUAAUCAGGAAAAACUGAAGUAAAUUACGAAUAAAAUUGCCGAUCAUGGAUGGGAUUGCAACGGCAGACGACGCCAAUGCGAACUCUAACUCGAAUUCAGUCGCCAACCUCAAAAGCAAGGAGUCUCCGAGAAAAAACAAACCAGUUCUGGAUGGAGCGAACGAAGAAAAAUUAUCCAGGACACUGUGGGAUCCUCUCAACUUGUUGAUCUGCCCUCCUGCGUAUAAUCAUGCCUUGGUCAUCCUGAACAGACCUCUGCAUUGGAAGCACAAUUUGCUCUUCCAUCUGUGGAAAAAAGCUCAGGUAACAGUUACCGUCGAUGGUGGAACAGAUCGAUGGAUAGAUUACCUUGGUUCUCAAGGGGAGCCUAUGGUCAAUGGAAAAAAUGACGAGUUUCUUCCCACUCUGAUAACCGGAGACAUGGAUAGUAUUUCACAAGACACAAUUGGUAAGCUGCGCUCCAUAGGGGCCAAUGUUAUUGAAACCCCUGACCAAGAUGCUACCGACUACACUAAGGCCCUUGUCGAACUUGCAAGUUACAUUCGAACUAAAGGAAUAAAGUUACAUGGAAUUUAUGUAUUUACUGAAACAUCUGGGAGAUUGGAUCAUAUAAUAGCCAAUAUCAACACAAUAUUCAUGGCUGAUAAGCUCGUAGGUGAUACCCAAGUAAUACAAGUUGCCAGUGAAUCUUUGACGUGGCUGCUGCAUCCUGGUACUCAUAGGAUACUAAUACCAGAGGUUUUAGUAAGACUGCAUUCUUGGUGCGCUCUCAUGCCUGUUGGAAGUCGAGUUACGAGCAUUACAUCAACUGGGCUCAAGUGGAAUUUGGAUCGUGGAACACUUGAGAUUGGUGGAACAGUCAGUACUUCGAAUACUUAUAGCGGUUCUCGUGAGGUGACGGUUACUACGGAUACACCGGUGCUCUGGUCAAUGGAUGUCAAGCCACUUUUAGAAACUUUUUGCCCUGAAACUCCUGCGUUAAUAUCGAUAACUGAUUCAAACUACUGAGAACAACUGGUCUAUAAGUUGACAAACCUUGAAUUCCGAACUUAUCAAACAAAGUACUUAAUUUUUGCGUUCGGAAUACUGUAGCGUAAAAUGUUGGCAUUGGACCAACUAAAGUACCAAUUUGUUUUUCGUUGAGUUUGGUGAUGAACUACAAAGGAGACGUCAGAUAUUUUUGAUAGAUUUUGAAUAAACAAUCUCUCAAAAUUA